GCACUUGCUUCACAACAAACUUAAUGUCAAAUUGAUAUUAAAUGUCAUAGUCUAUGUCCAUUAAUAAAAUUUCGCCGAAACCUUGAAGCUCGAUAUGUUUAUUUAAAUUUAGCAGGAAACUGCUUCCAAAUUUAUUUGGAACAAUGGAGCUAACUCAGAGAUUAGAAUGCACACAAGAAUUAUUUUCAAAUCAAUCAGAAAGACUAUGUCCAGAGCAGAUUGGAUUCAUAGGGAUAUGUGGAACAAAAUACCCCGUGAAAAAAGGACCAAACAAAAUCGGCAGAGAUCCACAAACAUGUAAUAUAGUUUUAAAUCUGAACUCCAUUUCACGUCAACAUGCAGUGUUGAAUGUUUUAAGUAACAAUGAAUACAUGCUCAUGGACCUGGACUCUGCAAAUAAAACAAAACUACAAGAUAAAACCCUUAAGCCAUACAUACCUCAUCCUCUAAAAAACGGCGACACUAUACAGUUUGGUCAAGUGUUUGGUAUCUUCAGAUUGCUUGAAGAAGAAACAGACCUGCCGAUGACACAAGCACUCGACAUCCCUGACACACCUGUAGCGAACAGAUUUGUGUCCAGGAUACAUCAAGUUACAACUGUGCCUGAGUCUCCUGAUGCCAGCGAUAAGGAUGACUCAUUUAUAGCUCCAUCACAACCAAAGCAGAAAAAUGCAUUUAAAAGUCCUAAUACUAAUUACAUCAAAACAUCAGGAAAGACUAUUUCAAUACAACCUGUUGGACAGAAGAAGAUUGAUAAUGCGUAUUGCAAUUCAUCCAAAAAAUCCGACUCGUUUAACUUACAUAAUAAUUCGAGUAGCAUCAAUGAAUCAUGGAUUUCUGUGAAAUCAAGUGAUACAAGUGAUUUAAAUAAUAUUCAUGAACAGGAUACACAAAUUCCUAAUCAGCUUUGUAAUAUUAGUAAUAAUGAAUCUCUUUUCGAUGCUGCUACACAAAUACCUGAUGUUGAAGCUGAAAAACCGAGUUCACCUAAUAUUUAUAGUAUGGAAACACAAGUACCUGUUAAAGAUUGUGAAGAUAAAAACAAUGAAAAUCACAUAGAGUCUGUAAUUAAUGAUAAAGAAAAUGAUGUUAGUAUAUUCAAUGCUGAAACACAACAAUUAGAAUUUAAAACACCCACGACUAUUCAGGUUAUCAAUAAAGUUGAUGUGAAAGACAAAUCACAUAGUUCAGAUGAUAUAAUACUAUUUGAUGAAAUAGAUAGUCAGACUCUUGAUGAUAACUUUGAAUCUCAAGCUAUAUUACCACCAAGUCCAAUAUUUAACAAGUCUAAUAAUUCGAGUUCAAGUAGAAACACAAGCCUCCUGGCUUGUGUUUCAGAAAGACAGAAAGUAGAGAAUAAAAUAGAAGCAAAAAUAUUAAAGAUUAAAAGUCCUCUACCAGAUUCAACAAAAAUCGAUGAUUUUGACUUCUUGCCUACACAAAUAAUACCUAAAAAGUGUAUAGAAAAUCCAAUGGAAAAUGAUGAUAUUGAUAUUUUACCAACUCAAAAAAUAUUAGCAAAGGAAAAUGAUGAUGAUGUCACAGAUUGUGAAGAUGAAAUUGAAGUGCCUAAAGAGCGUUCGAAACCCGCGGAAGAUGAAGAUUUAACAGAUUUUGAGGAUAAUUUGGAUGAUGAAAAAAUUGCUCCAAAUAAGGAAUUAAACUUUGAAGAAUUAGCCACACAAGUUAUAGAGGAAGAUGUUCCAAAAAAUACAGAAAAUAAAGGAAAUUCCACAAAUUGUAAUUUUGAAGACAUGCUAACACAGAUUAUUCCAGAAGAAAAUGGUUGUGACAAAUCCAAUGAGAUCAUAAAUUUAGAAGAUAUGCCAACACAGGUAAUACCAGCAGAAUUACCAAAAGCUGAAAAUAAAAUUUUAAAACAAAUAAGCGUAAGAGAUUUCACAAAUUUUAAAGUUCCUGUAAUGUCACCAAAAGCGCAAAAGAAAAAAGGCAUUUCAAAAGUGCAAUCUCCAAUUAAGGUGACGCCAAAAAGUGAUAUUAAACUUACUUCUUCAAGUUCAACAGUAGAUGAUGAUGAUUCCAAUUAUUAUGCGGCUACUCAAGAACUAUUUGAUGACCUGUGCACCCAGAAGGAAACAGAAAUUUCUGAACAUGAAACAGAGAGGCAACUUACGAAAGAUAAUGUUCAGAACAUUUCACUAGAUAGUAGUGAGGGAGAGGAUAAAAUAGAACAGUUUGUUUCUUCUCUGUCGAGACAGCAGAUAAGAGAAGUUGUUGGGGUUUCGAUUCCGUUACUCAAGAGAAUGCCCAGUGAUAGUUCUGAUAUGGAAGUUACUCCUAGAAAAAUUACUCCAUUACAAUUUAUGGAAAUUGAUUUACCCAAUAGCCAAGAAAUUAAAACAAGUGUUACAUUACAAUCAAAAGCCACGGUUACGGACUCCUCGAGCGAUUCAGAUACUGACAAAGAUACGAAACCAAAUACUCCUUUAGUGUUCAAAUCGAAAAAAAGAAUAUCAAAAGAAGCUAAAAUAGAUUUAACUAAAAAAUUUGAUACAUCACAUUUACCUUCUAGGAUAAUAACGCGCGUGCGAAAACCUACAGAAAAAGUUUUAAAUGGCAACCAGUCCAAUAUUUCAAAAUCUAUUUUAAAAUCAAAGAUCAUAAUGGACCAAGAAGAUGGUAUAAACACAGAUAUAAUUAAUGAAAACCUUGCCAGACUUAAAAGCGAAAAAUCUAAAAACAUAGAUAGUGAAACUUCUAAAACAAGCAAAGAAGCAAAGUCUGGAAAUAAAACCGAACCUCAGAAAAUACAAAUCAAAGAAACACCAGCUCUAACCUCGAAAGAGGCCAGCAAUGAUAUUAAAAUAGACAACAAUAAGAAACAAGAAAAUAUUGAUGCAAACAUAAUUAAAGAUGAUAAAGGUUCGAGAAAAACUCGCAGCAGUAAUAAGAACCUUAGUAAUACUCAAAUAAAUGAAAGCAGUGUUAAUAAAAGUAAUUCAGAUUCAAUAACUGAGGAUAGCCGUGAAACGCGAAGCCGUAGAAAGGCAAAUACAACUGUUAGCAAAAGAUCAACGGCUAUAGAAAUCGAACCAUUGCCAGCAAAACGUACACGAAAUAAACGUGUCGUUGAAAUAAUAGAUUCAUCACCGGAAACAGAAGUAAGGCGGAGUAGACGUACGAAAUCAAAUAAGGAAGAAAAUGACAAAUCAAAGAAUACAAGCAGCUCUAAUCAACAUGAAGAAAGCACUGUUUAUAGUAUAUCGUCAGGGUCAGACGUGGCUUCGCCUAGAUUAAAAAGGUCUGCGUCAAAGGACUUUUUGUUCCCACCUAGAAAAAGGGGUAGACCACCAAGACCUGCGACUGCAUUGGGAAUCGGUUUGAGGGCAACACCGGCGAGAAAACUCAAAACGCAACAUGUUUUGUUAACAGCCUUUCCAAAUGAGGAAGUCAAAACCAAGUUGGAAGAGUUAGGAGCAGUAAUAGUAACAGAUGUAAAGAAAUGUACAGUUGUACUAAUGUUGAAAAUAAAGAGGACAUUUAAGUUCCUGUGUGCAGUGGGACUCGGGAAACCUAUAGUGGGUCAGCAGUGGGUUCAAGCGUGCGUUGAUAAUAAAGUUAUUGUUGACCCCUGGCUAUACUUAUUACACGAUGAAGAAAUGGAAGAAAGGUUUCACUUCAGCCUGCAAAGGACUCUUGUAAGCAAGAGGAAUUUCUUAAAGGGCUACAACAUAACCUCGACGCCUAGUGCUCAGCCCCCUGAAGCGGAAAUGAAAUUAAUAGUCCAAUGUUCCGGAGGUCAGUGGAAGAAAGGCGGGACCAACUGGGUUGUGGUAUCAUCCCGGAACGAUAAACAUCUCUGGCCGGAUCUAUUGGAAAUGGGCGCCAUUAUUGUUUCCACAGAAUUCAUUCUAGGUGGCGUUAUGUUGCAGAAAUUAGAAGUCGACAGAUAUAGAUUGGCUUAACGUUAAAAUUUCCUGUAUAUAAAAAUGUUAGUUAUAUAUUAUGUUGUUUUUUAUGUAAAUGUGUUGUUUUUGUCUUACAAAAUGAUUAAGUGCGUUUUGGAAUUUUUGCGGAGACAUUUUAAUUAUCCCUCUGUUAAAUUAUCUUAGCCUUAUUAUUAUCAAUAAUUUAAUCAGAUUAAAAAAAUAAGGAAUCAGUUGUGAAAUAUCUGGUCCAUACUCCAUCUUGGGUUUCUAGAAUCGAUCGUGUCAUAAUAUGAGGAAUUAAAAACAUUCAAUCAAGGGCUAAUCAUAUAGUUAUUCCAUAAAGAACUAAAGGGACGCAAGACAGUUUUUACUUUUAGUGCCUACACUUGUAAGUAAGUGCAAUGAUAACUUAUACAAUUAAAUUUCACAACUGUUUCCUUCACUAUAUGAAUAUUUACAACUUUUGUUUUUCUCGUGUUAAAUUCAACUCCAAAAUGUAUAAAUGAAUCUUUUAAUAU